UUUAGUUCUUUUUGCGGCUGAUACAAACGCUGUUAAUUUCCUAAACUACCUCGAAUAUCCUUUAACAUGUCGAAGAUAUACCAUGGUGUCGUGAAUGUGGCCGACAAAUUUGUGCCCAAUGCUUUAAGACCCCUGUGGAAUCAUGCUGCUGGUCCCAAAACUGUGUUUUUCUGGGCACCCGUCUUCAAAUGGGGCCUGGUAGUUGCGGGAUUGAGUGACCUUCGACGUCCUGCGGAUCAGCUGUCAAUUUCUCAGGCCGGUUCUCUGGCGGCGACCGGAAUCAUUUGGUCGCGAUAUUCGCUGGUGAUUAUCCCUAAAAACUGGGGAUUAUUUUCGGUAAAUCUGUUCGUUGCCGGGACGCAAAUAUUGCAGUUGUACCGUGCUUGGGAUUUCUCUCGCAAGGCACCGAAGGUAGAGAAUACGACGAAUAAGGAAUAAUCGUCGACGUAAGCGAAUGAUGCAUCUGAAUUCUCAGCGAAUGAUCCACAGCAGUGUUUAUAAAACAUUGCAGAUUGACAUAUUCUUUAUGAAACUGUACGGUGCAAAUUUGAUGUAAAUGAUGUUAAUAGAUCGUGUACAGUAUAAAUAAUUGCACAAAAUGUAUCACAAU